AUGGAUAAAUAUUUAUUAUGUUUUCUAUUAAAUAAUGUUUAUAUUAGAAAUCAAAUAUUUAAUCAAGUUUAUCAAUUAAAUAGAAAUCUAGUUAAAAAUCAAUGGAGGCAAGCGUUGAAAUCAAAUUCAAAUGUAAAAGAGUUUGUUGUAUUAAGAUGGGAAGAUAUGAUUCGUAACCCAAUACAAUUGGUUAAUCAUCGAUACUAUUCAGAGUUGAAACGAUUCUACUUGACAGUUAGAAACUUGAAUUGGAGAGUUGAACGAUAUUGUACUGAUUUCUCUUUUGAGAAUAAGUACUUUAAGCAUUCAGAUCUAUAUUCCAUAUUGAUGCAUAUAGCGAGGUUGAAUGAUGUAGAGUUAUUCGAUCAUGUCGUUGAAACUCUUUCAUUUCUCAGUUUCGAUUAUAUCACAAUCAAGCGAAGUCAUUUCGAUUUUGGUGAACUUUUGGCGUUGGCAGCUCAGUCAAAUAGUCUAGAGAUUGUAAAAUACAUAAUUCGAGCACAUCGCUAUACGAGAAGAAUAGAUCUAACCGAUCAAGAUUAUUUUAAAGCACUUUCAAGAUCACCAUUAUCAAAGAACUAUGAAUUAUUCUUGUUGCUAACGGAGUAUGUCAACUUUCCUGAACCAAACCAUCAUAAUUUCGAAAGAAACCUUUCAAAUCAUCAUAUAAUCUUGGAGUGUUAUAUAAAUGCAAUGCGAUCAGGUCAAAUAGAAUGUGUCAAAUGGCUACUUGCACAAACGAAAUGGAAUCCAUUCAACUCUGUUAAAGAUAUUGCGCAACUUCGAAUGUAUGCAGGUGAAUCCGGUUCGUUUGAGAUGAUGAAGUGGUUAAAAGAAUCUUUCAACAUGUCAUUCUUUAGUAAACGUUUCAUUGAUCAUUGUCUUAAGAUCAAGCGAUUAGAUAUUAUCGAAUGGAUAUAUCAAUGUGAAUUCGAAACAUUGGAAAAAGACAAUCCUAUUAAUACUUUGCUCGGUAGUAAUAUGUUUAUUCGUAUUGGUUUCUAUUUGGAUAUAGCCCUUCACUAUCGAUAUCUAGAUGGUAUAUUGUUUCUCUUUGAAAAGGGUGCUCCUUUUGGCUCGAGAAUAUGGACGCAAGUUGCCAAAUGUGGUGACCAGCCAACAGCUAACUGGCUCAUUGGCAUUGAACCAAUCGAUAUUGAACAUCCUAUUGAUGUCGCUGCAUCAAUUGGUAACCUUGAGAUGGUGAAAUGGAUGAAUCAAACCUGCCCAGAAGGUCUCAGUGAUGACGGAAUUGAAAAGACAAUCAUUGGUGGACACUUGGAAACAUUAGAGUGGAUCUAUGAAAAUAAAACGGAACGAUGUUUGAAUGUAAAGGCUAUCAACGCUGCUGUAAGUUACAAUAGAAUGGAGAUAAUUGAAUGGUUUAAAUUGAAUGAUCGCGAGUUGUUCAAUCAAUGUCCAUCAUUUGUUGCCGUCAAAAACGCAAUACACAGCUACAGUUUCGAAAUGGUUCGAUUCGUUCAUUCCAACUACCCAGAGUAUAUAAAUGGAUUGUCAGAAGCUGAGCUGAAUGAAUCAUUGGUGCUACUCGUAGAAUAUGACCAAUUGGAUUUGUUUUUGAUUUACAGGGACAGACUUGGUGAGCGAUCCAACCUGGUACAGGCCAUAAGAGCAUCCAGACACGGUGGAUCCUAUAGUGUGGCUAUCCAUCAUCUAGAUAUAGCAGACAGAGAGAUAGAGCUCUCCAAUAUAUGGUUUCGUGCCAUAAAUAGCAACGAUCUACAAAUGAUUGAGUUGCUGGCAGAGCGAUUCGGUAAAACCAAUGCAGAUCUACCUCAUUAUUUCAUCUCUUACAUUAACGAUAUCAAAGUAUUGGACUAUAUGAUUGAUAAUUAUCAUUUAUUAUUCCGCUGUAAGCUUUCGUGGGAUAUAUUUGUGAUUAUGCUCUAUAAAGGUAAACAAUAUCAUAUGGUCGCUCAUUUUCUCGAGAGAGUAGGUUGUAGUUACUUCUAUAAAGGUGAAGAAUAUAAAUUGGGUAAGCACUCCGUUCUGAUAUUCAAACUAUAUAACACUCAUAGAACAAGAGCAAUUAAACGUCUAAAAGAAGCUGCAUUCAUGAACAACCAAUAUAUUGAUAAAUAA